AUGGCUAUGCCCAUUCAAAUUGGCGAUGUUAUCGCCCUUGCAAAUAUGUGCUAUGGCAUAGCGCAGGCCUUUGGUUCUGGCCGAAAAGCAGCCCCGGUGGAGUUUCGAGAGGUUCAGAAUGAGCUCUAUGGCUUAGGCCAGAUGCUUGAUCUGCUGAAAACUUCAGUAGAGAGUGGUGCUAUUGGUCCUACCGUCCCCAAUGCUGUACCAUCGCCACUGGUUGAACAAGCUUAUGAAUCCAUCGCCCGAAUGAUAGAAAAUUGUCAAGCUACGAUUUGGCAUUUGAAGGAGUUCGCUAAACGGUAUUCGCCGUUAGCGGGAGUCGAAUUUAUUGAAGAGAGGGGAAUUGUAAAAGUGAGGAAGUUGCCCUCGACCUCCCGCCAAAGAAUUAAACUCAAUUGGAAAAGAAUUAUGUGGGUGAAAGAAACUUCAAAUAUUCAAGGAAUUAGGGAUCAAAUUAGCAUUCACGUUCAGAGUAUCAACGCAGUUGUUUCUCUCGUCAAUACGUACGUCCCUCCUGGAUCGAAUGUCGGUGGAAGCAUUCAGUCGGCGCAACCGAAGCUAAACGUUUUGUCAACUGCUAGACAUAAAACCAAUGCUGUCCAGGAAGAAGUACGAAAUCUUACUGGGUAUGCUGAAGGGCACCGCAUGGAUCUCCAUGGGGCCCGAACGGAGAUACAUGGGGCGAGGAGAGAGAUAUAUAAUGUUCAAAUGGGAGUGUCGGCAGCCAACGCUGGGGUCCAUCAUGUUUCUUCUGAGGUGAAUUUGGUUCGCCAGGACGUUCAAUCCUUGAAUCACAAAUUAGAAGCAAUUAUUGCGUGGCAGCAGCGUGAUAUGCCAGCGGAACAGCUCAAGCAGCAGUUGUCUCAUCUUUUCAUAAAGUUGGAGCAGUUAGAGAGGAUGCCCGCUGCCGCAGUUCCCCAUCCCUGCCCUCCUCUGCCUGCGGGCAUGCCCCCAUACCCGAUGGACGAUUCCCAUCUUGAAAUGCCACACCCGUUCGCACAAUCGACGACGUACCUGGCCUCAUCCCCGUCCGCCUCUACGGCAUUCUAUACUUCGUCAAAUUCUUCUAUGCCGAACUUUUCAAGCCACAACCAGAAUGCAGACUUUCGACCAACUCCCCGGUCUUAUACGCAAGUUACAUCUACGAGUAUAAGUAUAGCACCGGUCGAGCUACCAACUCGUCGACCAACCCGCAAAAAUGGGUUUGUGCCGUCGCCAUUUGAAUCUCCAACUCCGACGGAACCAGAGCGGGUCAUACCAGUGAUGAAUUUGGAGCCCGUUGAAAUCGCACAACAACGUAUUCGAGAAGAGGACCGUCCACCACGGGCGUCAAGGGCGACUGUGACUGACAUCGUAUUUGAGCUCUGCCUAGAGACUCGCGUUGGCGACGGGGUGGCUGUCUUUGAAACCAUAUGUCUGCAUGCGAGGUUUCAUGGGAACUGGAAAAAUGCGAUCGAAAAUGGUGAAUAUAAUGAAGGUCUUUUUGCUUGUCUGUGCGAGCCUUUCGAGGACGAAGAUGAAGAUUUCGAACCGCAUGCGCAGAAACUGGAGAGAUUUACAUUAACCAAUGGUACGAUCGGUUGUCAUUAUCAUGGGAAAGUUCAAUGGAUUUUGCACAAUGUCAGGGACUCUAUGGCCAGAAAAGUCGUUACCCUUGGAAUUAGAAAUUUAAACAUGCAUAAUGAAAUGAAAUUUGAAAGGGCCUUUACUGAACCGAUUGCUUUCAAGACAGCCAAAGCAAUAUCAACCGGAGAACAGGGAAACUAUUUUGCGUAUGAAGUGGAUAGUGAGGUUGAUGGUAGACAAGUGGCAAUCUUGAAUUCGAUGGCAGAUGAUUCUUUCCAAGCUUAUCUCGAAAGCGUUACCUUUAGAAUUGAAAAUAGCAGAGGCACUUCGGAAACAAUUGUCAGACGCGGCGUUACGCAUACAAAUCUUCUUCACUAUAAGACCAUUGGUGUUGAAGACAUCGCGGAUACGCUCAAACGAGAUGCAUUUAAACAUUCUGAACACGUUGAGAUGCUAGUUCACUUUCUAGCGGCACGGUCGGACGAUAAUGAGAUAAUUAGUCUUAAAUUACUUUUGGAUGAGGUUAACCUCGAGAGUAACAGUAGUGAGGAUAAUUGUAUCGUCACCCUCACUAUGACGAAGGGUGAAGCUGGAUUCCGUAGUCGGACCCCCCGGUUGCAGAAAGUCUCUGGGGUUGCGGAAUUUAAGUUCAAGAAGCGCGAAGCCGCGGAUGAUUUUAUUCAACAGCUGAGAUAUAUGAGCAACGAAUUGCAUGCUCUGAAGAUCCAACAUGCGAAGAGGAAUGAACAUGUCAUGGUCAAGCUCUUCGCGGAACAUAUUGCCGCCGCAAACAAUGUGUCUAUGAACGAUGUAGAAAUUGUUGUCGUCUGGGACGAAAUUCGACGCAAAGGCAGGAUCUUAGCACGUUCGCGGGAUGGAAGCUGUUAUUUAUCACAGACAUUGCAUGCAAAUUUUUUCGAGAGGUUCGCUGAAUUGAAAAGAGGCAACCUUUUCAACGGAGCCGCCGAAUUCUACCGACCUACUAGACAAGGUGAACAGAAAGUAGAGAAACUGCCUGAGGGCGUCGGACGGAUUCAAUUCAAGGACUCUACAACCGACAAUUUGUUUUAUGCUAGAUUAACGGAAAGUGCAAAGCGGUUUGGGUUUUCCAUAGAGCCAAAGACCAUCCUCGAAGCACCAAAAUCACAGUCUCAACUUGAAAAUUCCGAUGACCGUUCUAUUGUACAAACGAGGGGGAAACAGUUGAAGAGGUCCCCUACUACCAGAAACUACUCAGUGGAACAUUACCAAAGAAUUGUUACGGAAACUGCGGCGAUAGAAUAUGCCCUCCCAACCCAGAAGUUGACAAGGCCCUUGGAUGCGGAAGAAUUGCUCGACCUUCUUAAUCAAACGGAGGAAAAGUUUCUCUACGAUAUGGGGGACCCAAAGCCCCCUAUGAUCGAGGAUGUUACAGAAGAUGACCCACUACAACCUAAAUCAGCCAGCGGUGGUGCAGUUUUGACCCCCUCACAGCCCAGCGAGUGGACUGCUGAGGAUUUGACCAUUCCGAAGAGAUUUAGGAAGCAGAUUAGCCAAGCCCGAGAUGCCGAGAGGAAGCCAGUGGAAGAGGUUAGACAAGCGUCUCUUGAUGUUGCAAGCCAGGUGGAGCGUAAAACUCCCCAGAGCGCGAACACUACUCCAGGACUUUUAACUCCUGAGGACGAAUCCGAGCACCAGCUUCGAAGAUCGGCGUCAUUUGAUAUAAUCAGACGGGAUAGAGAAUUGCAGAAGGUCUUUAUUCCUCCAGAGGCGUUGGACAAAUCUGGAGUUGAGUAUCUUUUUCCUGGGCCAGCCAACCCAAAACACCACCGUUCAUUGUCGACUGGUAGUUCACAACCUCUUCCAGCUACCUCAUCCGGCUUGAAAGUUGCGCCUGGUGAAACAAUUACCAAUGAACGGGACAUUGUACAAUCUCCAGAGUCUUACGAUCCUGGUUACAGGCGGGGGAACAUCGAAACUGAGAUAGACCCUUCAAGAUCAACAUCUGGUACCCCGGCGUCAAUGCCAACCAUGGGUCACCACGAAAAUUCAGUAGACGACAUAGCCAGCAAACAAGGAUACCCGCCAAACUAUGAAGAGCAGGAAGAAAGUCUUUAUGAUCUUCCGUUUUCUUCGGGUUCUUCCUCACUACCAAUAGUUGCCACCGAGAAGAAUAUUAGAGCUUACCGACUCACGGCUGACUUUGACGACCAGCUACCCCGCGGCACUCUUGUCUGGGUGGAUGAAUCAGAUAGCACUGCUAAAAAAUUCGAACAUGGAGUUACUUCCAUCAAAGUUUCGCAAAUCCAAAAAGAAUCAUCUGAAUGGGUUCCAAAAGGGAUGUUGAAACAAGGACGAUAUUACGCUAUGAAAGCAAAACAAGGCACCUAUAGAACAACAGAUGAAGACGGGUCCGUUGUUAAACUCAGAUCCAAGCAGAUCGUGGUACCCCUGGACGAUGAAGCCGAUGGUAAAUCUAAGGGUAACGAAUUCCGAGUGGUUCCCCUUGAGGCUCGGUACUCGGUGCCCGUUAACAGAGAGUGGGUGACGGAAGUGAACCUAUCCUUUCAGAUGCCAAGAGCAUAG